AUGGCUGCCCCUGACGAUAAUACUCCAAGCAAAAUCAAAACAGACAGUCAAUUAGGACCCUCAGCAAGACGGUUACAGCAUACAUUGCCAAAGAGUUCCACUCUCGGACCGGCUGAAUAUGCGGUUUCAAAAUCACCUGGAGCUCCUAACCUAUUUUUUAGAACCUUUCGAAUUCGAAGGAGAAACUCGUCAGUAACAAAAGUUUUUUCUUCAACGAAGAUAGAGUCAGAUAGAAGCCUCCUCUCCACUAGCAUGAUUGCAGAAGCCUCACCAACUAAGAAUCCAAUUUCAACGAAUUUUCGAUCUCGUCUUCAUCGAUCAGCAGGAAGCAUUAAUCUCUGUGACAAUGCCAUGGGAGCACCAUCUCCUAAGGCUAACAAAGAGCCUCUUUCUGCGAUAACUAGUGACGUCAACAAUACUUCUCCAGUGCUUAAAAGCUCCUCCCGUCCAGGACAGGGGAAACCUCGACAGUUGAAACGACGAAGGGCCGGUGGAUUUCAUCCAAAAUCUGCUUCAGUUGAACCUCAUCCUGACGAAAUUGCACUUUCGGUGGUGACUGAACCUCCAGUUUUUCGAGAUGACUGUUCUGUGAUGGUUUACUCAAAAUCAAUCGAUCAUUCCUUCACAACUGGGUCCAGGACAAAUUGCACGGAGGGUAAUGAUGCUCUGAGUUCGCAUCGUAGAACACGAUCGGCUUCUGGAUCUAAUACCAAGCUUGGUUCACUUUGGUCUUUCAUUUGCAAUGGAAGUGCAGCUAGUGCUGCAACUAGAAGGGCGAACGAAUCUAUUGCAGUUCCAUCGUGA